AUGGAUAAAAAAAAUAUUGUUGUUCGAAAGAAAUCUAACGAAACGGGGAAUAUAGAUGAAACACAAAUUCCAACAAACGUUGUUCGAGAUAUUUUCCAUGAAAUGUUUUCAAAACAGCAGAAAGAUAUCUUUAAGCUUAUAAGUGGUAACCUAAAAAUAACUAACGAUAAAAUAAACGAGGUACUUGAUGAAAUACAUAAAUCAAAACAAAUUUGCGACUCAUUAAAAAAGGAAAACGAAAAGGUAAACAUUAAACUUAAAGAAAUUACAGAGAAAGUAAGAAUCUUAGAAAAGACAAAUAAAGAUAUCGAAGAAAGCUUAACAGUUACACAAGACAUCCAAGAAAAAAAGGUAUGCGAAUUAGAAAAGAAAAUUAAAAACAAAAAUAUUAUAGGCGAGGAGGAAAAGAAUAAACUACGACAGCUAGAAGAUAGACUCAGAAGGAAUAAUCUUCGCAUCGACGGGCUACCCGAAAACGAUCAAGAAACCUGGGAUGAAACUGAAAAGAAAUUAUUGAUUUUAUUUGAAAACAAAUUAAAUAUUAGGAACAUGGUUAUCAAAAAGUCAAAGAAAUAUUACUAUAUUGAGCAUUUAAUAAAACAUAAAAAUGAUCCAAAAAAAACUUGGGACACAAUUAAGGAAGUAAUUGGCACGAAACAAAAUGACGGAAAUAGUCUUCCUAUAAAACUAAACAUUAAAAAUAAAACUAUUACAAAUAAAUCUUUAAUUGCUGAAACACUUAAUCAGUAUUUUGUCAGUGUUGGUUUCACUUUAGCGUCGAAAAUAGAAACUACUGAAGUAAACUUUGAGUACUAUCUUACUCCUAAUAAGACCUCUAAGAUGGAUAAUUAUGAAAUUACUGAAAAGGAACUCUUAGAUUCAGUUUUGCGCCAUAAGCAAGCAAUGGAUAUAGUAUUCAUUGAUUCUGUUCAUCCUACUUCAGCCGAAUCAAUUCAAAAAUUUCAAUUCAACAAAAAAUUUUCGAAUAAUUCAGACGAAAAAAAGAAAAAUAAUUUAACUCGCAUACAACGUCGCACAAGAGAAAGAAAAGCCUUUAAAAAACUGAAGGAUACUGUUCCAACUUUAAGAGAAAAGCGUAAAUGGACAAAUCGUUUAGAUAUAAUUAAGCAUACUUGUGACUACAUUAAAGAGUUACAGAAGUUGCUGGAAAGUUUACGCGAGAAGAAUAAAAAGCAGCAGGAAAGCUUUAAAACAUUGAUUGACUAA